CAUUUUUCGUCAAUAAAAAACGACAGCGUUUUGAGAUUAAAAAGCGCGAACUUUGAGCUAAACGCCGUCGUUUUAGUCUUCUUCCAAAUUGAGAUUUAAACCCUUUGGAGAACCAAAAUCUGCUUAAACCCUAAAAAUGUCAUCUUUCUUGUUCAGAAAAAGAGCCAGCUGGGUCUUAUUGGGUAAGCUAAUUAAGACCCCAAAACGUGAAAUUCCCAGGGUUUUGGAUCCUGGGUCUUCUUCAUUUUCACCCAAAGCUUCAGAAAUCCUAUCUGGGUCGGUUCAUUACCUCAGAAAAUCGAUUGGUUGUGAUGAAAGGUUUGGGCUUUGUUCGAAUUUGGGGGUUUCAUUGUGUGGGUUUCAUGGCGGUAGUUCAAGUUGUGGCUUGGUUCGAUUCUAUGGGACUCAGGCAGCUCAGGAGCCUUCAACCUCCGAUGGGCUCACAGUUGAUCGGAUACUAAAUAGUGAGUGGUCAAUUCACACAGAGGAUGAGAGUGAUUGGAAGAGUCACGCUGCUGCGAUCGCCCAAUCUAUUCAUCUUAUUAAGAAACGUUUACAGUGGAAGAAGUUGAUGGACAGGUUGGAUAUGUUAUCGGUGGAGCUUAAUAAGCCGAACCUGUGGGAUGAUCCGGCACAUGCCGGUAAGAUUAGCCGCGAGCACGGUUCACUGUUGGGUAAAAUGAAGGAAGUGAGGGCAUUUGAGCAGGAAUUGCUCGAGCAUGUGGACAUGAUAAAGCUUGCUCGCGAAGAGAAUGAUGCAGAGUUGGAAUCGGAAUCCAUGAACGCUUUGCUUGAGAUGAGAAGAACUUCAAAGGAGAAAGAGACCCAGGCGUUGUUAGCUGGGGAGCAGGAUCCUUGCUCCUGUUAUAUAGAGAUACAAUCAGGAGCUGGGGGUACAGAGAGCAAUGACUGGGCAGCGAUGGUCAUGCAGAUGUACAAAAUGUGGGCUCAACGCCGUGGAUAUAAAAUGACUGUUGUGGAAGAAAUGCCUGGUGAGAUUGCGGGAAUCAAGCGGGCAACCAUCAAAAUUGAUGGAGAAUAUGCUUUUGGAUAUGCCAAAGCAGAAGUAGGAGUGCACAGAUUAGUACGUAUCUCACCGUUUGACAGUAAUAAGCGCAGACAUACUUCGUUUGCUGCUGUUGCUGUGACUCCGAUAUUGGGAGAUGUAUCUGCUCAUGUACAAAUCAAUGACUGUGAUCUCCGCAUUGAGCGUUUUCGUUCUGGGGGAGCUGGGGGCCAGCAUGCUAAUACAACAGAUAGUGCAGUGAGGAUUGUUCACAUUCCGACUGGAAUAACUGCCACUUGUCAAAAUGAAAGAUCACAACAUCAGAAUAAGGCUUCAGCAAUGGCUGUUAUCCAAGCAAGAGUAGAUCAGCUAGAAAUGGCACGACAGACUCAGAAGAAUGCACAAUAUUCACAAUCUCUUACUGAUAUAACAUGGGGAAGCCAGAUACGCAGCUACGUGCUUCAGCCAUACCGGAUGGUGAAAGAUCUUAGAACCAACUAUGAAGUCUCUGAUCCUGAUGCAGUUCUUGAGGGAGAUCUAGACGGUUUUAUCUUGAGUUAUUUAUCUGCUUCAUUGGAUAAAGAUGAAGAUGACCGCUAAUCGAGUUUUGUUUCGAGAUUCGGAAAUCAACCCUGCAUAGUGCAUCAAAGCUGAAUAUCUGCUGCAUGCAGAUGCAUCAAAAUUGUGACAGAUUCGAGUCAUCUGAUGUCAGAUCAAUCAGAGGAACGAUGAACCAUCUCCCUUUCGAAGCUAACAUGAGUACGGAAUGUGUCAUCUGUAUAUUCAGUGAAAAAAGAUAGAAUUGUGUCAAGUACCUCAUAUGAUUCUUUGAUUAUCAUAAAGUUUUUGGUAACAGUCUAAUACUGUAAUAAAUUGAAACAAAUAAAAGGAGCU